GAGUCCGGAUAAACUCCGCCCAUAAUUUAUUCUUCAGGCUGCAAAAUCUCUAACUUGAAAUAACUCUUUACAUUUCAUGUUUAUGGCAUUUGAAAGUUAACUGUAUCUCGGAUUAGUCAUUACUAUCGCCUUCUAGCUGUCUUUGGAGAACAGACCCGGACAUGAGUUUCUUAUUUGGAAGUCGUUCAUCAAAGACAUUCAAGCCAAAGAAAAACAUCCCAGAGGGCUCUCAUCAAUAUGAGCUGCUCAAGCACGCCGAGGCCACGUUAGGAAGCGGAAACCUCCGGGCUGCAGUGAUGUUACCGGAUGGAGAAGACCUCAACGAAUGGAUCGCUGUCAACAGUGAGUUUGUGUGGAUGGAAUACGUCAUACAUCAGAGGAAUAAACUGCUAAUUCUCAUCUGUUUAUUUUUUUUAGCUGUGGACUUUUUCAACCAGAUCAACAUGCUGUAUGGCACCAUCACUGAAUUCUGCACAGAAGUCAGCUGCGCUGUGAUGUCUGCGGGGCCCAGAUAUGAAUAUCACUGGGCAGAUGGCACCAACAUCAAGAAACCCAUCAAGUGUUCUGCCCCCAAGUACAUUGACUACCUGAUGACCUGGGUUCAAGAUCAGCUGGAUGAUGAAACCCUGUUUCCAUCCAAGAUUGGUGUUCCUUUUCCAAAGAACUUCAUGUCAGUGGCGAAGACCAUCCUGAAGCGUCUGUUCAGAGUCUACGCUCAUAUUUACCACCAGCAUUUUGACUCGGUCAUGCAGCUUCAGGAGGAAGCCCACCUCAACACCUCCUUCAAGCAUUUCAUCUUCUUUGUGCAGGAGUUCAAUCUCAUUGAUCGCAGAGAGCUGGCACCUCUUCAGGACCUUAUUGAGAAACUGGGAAGCAAGGACAGAUAGACCCUGACACCAUCACCAUAUCAGUCGCACUUUCUGCAGUCCGAGCACUCCUGAAGACCACUUCUUUCUUUUUGUCUGUUUUUUGAACUCUGCAUUGCUGUUUGUGCAAAACACUGAUUGUCUUUGCAACAUCCAAGCCGUGCUUCAUUGAAGUGUCGUCCUGAAAACUUGUUUGUGUAAAAAGAUUUUUUUCACCCAUUUUUCAGUAUUACACUGUGAGCUGUGAUUUGUUUUAGCUAUUUUAAUGGACUGGGAAAUGAAAUCAGUAUCAGAAUUUUUUAUAGAAGUAUACAAAAUUUUUUUAGUCAAAUCUGACAUGUAUUCCUGUUUUUAAAUGUGUUUAAAGGGUAAGAUCUAUUUGGGACUAUUUUUGUAAGAUUGCAUUCCAUUUUAUUUUAUAUUGUUUUUUAGUUGUUUUAUUCUAAUCUUAAUAGUAAUUUUUCAUUGUUGUUACUGUUUCUGUGUGAUUGUAAUUUUCAAGACCUGUAUUAGGAUUUCAAAGAAAAAAUGAGUAGCUUAGAACUUAAAUGUUUGUUUACAUUUCUUCAUUUAGCAGACACUUUUAUCUUAAGUGAUUUACAAAUGCUGGAGCAUUUAACAUUUUGCCUUAAGAGCCAACAAUAAAAAAUAUAUAUAAUGGUAAAUUGCGUAUUUAUUUUUUG